CAAAGGCGCUCAACAAACGGCGUCGUUCGCUUCUUCACUGGCCAAGAGAAAUCUGAUGGAUUCGUAUUUGCAUCACAGCUUCAAUUAGUCUUCUUCUUCUUCUUCUUCUUCUUGUACUAGGGUUUUUAAUUGCAAAGGUUGUACUGGAUUUUCACUGGAUACAAGCAGAGGGACGGGAUUGAAGCAACGGAAUUGAAGCAACGGAGUGAGUUCUGAGUUUUUAUUUUGUUUCUGUUCUUUUUGGACCCGAGGAAUCUAAUCUACUUAUGAGUUAGAGAUUUUGGACCCUUUUACUCCAGAAGAUAAGAUUGUAACAAAACUGGAAAAUCAAAGCCAAUGACAUCGAAUUUCUGUGACUCUAAUGGCUUCGCAUUGAAAUCAACUAAACCGGGGUAACCAUUAUUUAACAUUUGAGAUGGAGAAGUCUAGAUCUAAGAGAAACUACUACUAUGACCACCAAGACUAUGAUUCCGAGUCGAUGGGUAGAACCAGACCUCGUUACAACAAUCACUACGCCAGUAAUAACUAUCGUCACCGUGGCACUGCAAUUCGACCGUCUAAACCUCAAGACCAACCUCUUAUGGUGACCACAACUUACAGGAUACUCUGUCAUGACGCCAAAGCCGGGGGUGUCAUCGGAAAAUCUGGUAGUAUCAUUAAGUCCAUAAGGCAGCACACCGGUGCGUGGAUCAACGUGCAUGAGCUUGUUCCAGGCGAUGAGGAGAGAAUAAUUGAGAUAUCGGACACUCGGCGGCGGGACCCCGAAGGUCGGAUGUCGUCGUUCUCUCCCGCGCAGGAAGCACUUUUCUUGAUUCAUGAAAGGAUUCUCGAGAGUGAAAUGAGUCCUGGGUUUAAUGGAAUGGGGUAUGGUGCUGAGGAUGAGGAGGAUGAUUACGGCGAGGUUAGAGGAGGAGCUGGUGGUGGCAGUACCCGUGUGGCCACAAGGCUUGUGGUGUCUAGAAUGCACGUAGGUUGUUUGCUAGGGAAGGGAGGAAAGAUAAUCGAGCAAAUGAGAAUGGAAACCAAGACUCAGAUAAGGGUUCUACCUAGAGAUCACAAUUUGCCUAGCUGCAUUACAAUGUCAGAGGAGAUCGUUCAGAUUGUUGGAGAUGCAAAUGGUGUAAAGAAAGCUAUAGCUAUCAUUUCAUCACGCUUGAGAGAGAGCCAGCAUCGUGACCGUAGUCAUUUCCAUGGGCGUCUACAUUCACCAGAACGAAUGUUCCCUCCUGAUGAUGAUUAUGUUCCACAUACAGCACGGCGAUUGUCAAUGGAUGGACGACCAUUUAGGCCACGUAUAUCUGCUUCUAAUACAAGAAGCAAUGACUAUUUGAACCGUCAUUCUAGUUUUUCGGUGGAGCAUGGGGCUACUCCUGUUAAUGACAAUAUGAUGCCCUUUUAUGGUGAGGACCUUGUAUUUAGAAUAUUAUGCCCAAUUGAGAAGGUUGAUAGUGUCAUUGGAGAGUCUGAUGGAAUCAUAGAAUUACUUCGGAAUGAAGUUGGUGUGGAUAUCAAGGUUUCAAGCCCUAUGACUGGUUCAAAUGAACAAAUUCUUAUCAUUUCCUCGGACGAGGGUCCAGAUGAUGAGCUUUUUCCAGCGCAGGAAGCUUUGUUACACAUCCAAACUCGCAUUGUUGAUCUCGUUCCUGACAAGGAUAACAUUGUAACUACUAGGUUACUUGUCCAUUCAAGUGAUAUUGGAUGUUUGGAGGGAAGAGAUGGAUCGUUGUUAGAGAUGAAGAGAUUAACUGGUGCAAAUGUACAAAUUGUGCCAAGAGAAGAACUUCCCAUGUUUGUAUCUGGGGCUGACGAGCUUGUACAGAUCAUAGGGGACAUACAAGCAGCUCGAGAUGCACUUGUUGAGUUAACAUCAAGAUUACGGAGUUAUAUUUGUAAGGAGCCCUACCAAAAAGAUGCAAGUCCUCCGAUCUCAGCACCGAACACCAUGGUCAGUUUAGGACUCGAGGAAUCAUCUUCAAAUAAUAAUGCUGCAGCUCGUGAAGUUCACAGUGGAAAUGAUUCUUUUAGCACGGCCUAUCAAAAUGUGCAACCUUUUGCAACAGCACAGCUUCUGAAGGAAACUGGAGGGUCGAGCAAUGAGACUGGUACGCAGAAUGAAAAUGACCGACGUGAAGAUUUGCCUAGUGGGUUAAAUAGGAUCCCUGUGCCGCUUGUCACUCGGAGUACACUUGAAGUUGUGAUACCAGAGCCUGCAGUUCCCCAGCUUAUAACAAAGUCAAAAAACAAGCUUGCUCAGAUCAGUGAGUUAUCCGGAGCCAAUGUUACGUUGGUAGAAGAUAGACCAGAUAUAACCCAGAAGAUAAUUCAAAUAUCAGGAACACCAGAGCAAGCAGAAAGAGCCCAGAGCUUGCUGCAAGGCUUUAUUUUGAGCAUGCAAGAAGAUGGGCCUUGAGUUAUGGCCAUUUGGUUUUACUCUGAACUUUAGUUGCCUAUAUAAAAGGAUUGACCCAUCAUGAUCAACUGUAUUUAUCACGGGGCUCUUGCUUCUAGGCUCGGAAGGUGUCGACAGCGAAUUAACCAUUGCCAUGUAAAUUUAGAAGAUACAAGAGUUUUCAUUCUUCAGUUUUUUUUUUUUUUUUUUUUUUUUUUUUUUUUUUUUUUUUUU